AUGAGUUAUUUCGAACAUUUUUCCGCCGCUCGCACAUUCUCAAGCUCAGCAACUAUGUCAAGAGAUCGGCCGAAUAAGAUUAAACUUCCACACCGACCAGGCUACACAACUUACCUGCAAACAGGAGAUCUCACGUCUACCGACGGAGAAGAGGGCGUUUAUUCGCUGAAACUUAUUACAGGAUAUACACGUGAAGAACCCGAAAUUCUUGAUGAUGUUCUGGAUCCAUCUGGUGGUUCUUCAAGCAGUCAAAGAUCUAAUGAUCCACUCUUGCCAGCCAGUACCAACCAUCCCGAAAUUUUUGAUGAUGUUCUGGAUCCAUCUGGUGGUUCUUCAAGCAGUCAAAGAUCUAAUGAUCCACUCUUGCCAGCCAGUACCUUCAAACUUAGUUGUGUCGACUGCAAAAAACAAUACAAUGUUUCAAAAUCAAUGAAGAGUCAGGCUCGUAAGCGUAAAAUUCGACAAGAUAUGGAAGCAGAAGACGAUAUGCUUGAUGGAACUGGACUGCAUCGAAUGGCUCUUGUGAACGUGAACACCACUAUGCCACAGGAAGCAAAAGCACUGGAGGAAUUGUCGAAAAAACUGGUAAUCAGCGCAACAUUGACUGGAUAUGAUUCUGUUCCCAUCAAUACGCCAAGCAAAAGUCCCCAAGUUCUUUAUUUCCAAGUAAAAACACAUGCGGAGUUCGAUUUGGUUCAAGAAAAGAUGGACAAAAACUUCAUUUCUCAACUUGAAAUCGAGUCACUUGUGAAGAGCAACGAACCUUUCCUAUUUCCGUAUGGAAGAAGAAGACACGUCUUCACAAGCAUCUUAUUGGCUACAUACUUGAGCUUGUGUUCUGAUGAAGCAAACAAUAUUGAUGACUGGAAGGAUCUUCUUCGAAAUAAUGCGAUCAUCAAAAAAGCUGUCGAACACAGUGACACAAUGCAAAAAAUGAAAAAAUAUUUGUCAGUGGACGGACGAACUAUGCUCAAUUUUUAUAAGGAGACUCUUUAAGUCCUGUGAUUCCUGCCCAACAACUCGCAAUGAAGAAACAACUACUCGUCGUAAACUUGAUCUAGCUAUGUUUUAGGUGCUCAUGAAUGAAUGAUUUUUGAAU